AUGUCCGCUCAUGAAGACGAGGGAGACGUCGUUGAAGACAGCGUAAUCGUAAUCCAACCCGGGUUAGUGCUGGCCCCAGUAUCGCCCCCAGCUCCUCAGAACAAUCGGACACGCAGGGUCAAGAAAGCCGCGAAUGAGAAGGAAGUUCAGCCGCCUGGCGAUCCUAAAGUCUAUCUCGGGAGCUCUUCGCUGGGACUUGUCGCAAUCUCCGACUCGCAGUACGGACUUGCGGGUGCCUGGAGUGCGUCAUUGAUCUCUGCUCAUCAAGUCUCAGCCAUAGAUCGGGCUAAGUACUAUCUGCGCCGCCGCACGAAAGAUCGUAUAGUUUUCAACUUUAUGGACGCCUCGGAGCAGAACCUCGCGGAGAAUGACGUCCAGUUCAUUGAGCACGACAAAUUGCUCAUGGCCUCGCCAUUCUACGCUCGUCUAUCACGCGCUGACCCUGCACGCGUCGUUGGUGUGCCCGAGGACUUCUGCGUAAAGACCGUCAACGCGUUCAGCCAGAUGAUCUCUCCUGUACAUGCAAAGGCACUUCCGACGCACUAUCUCUGGCCUUCAGAAAAACCGGUGGCGGGCGCGUACGAUCGCUUCGGUGCUGUUCAGCCCGAAAAGAUCAACUGGAGCGUGAGCUAUCUGCUCAAGCUGCACGUUUUCGCCCGGCACAUGCAGGUGUGGUUCGUGUGCGACAUGGUUCUUGAUCGAAUGCAUUGGAUGAUCAACGAGCAGGCGAAGUUUCGUGGAAUUUAUGGGCAAUUAAAGAAGCAAGAUGACUGCACGAAGACUCAGGGCCAGAUCAAGACCGUCUGCCUUCCACCUGUGUCGGACCUAGACAGCUUCAGCAUAGCCGCCGAUGACAUUGAGCCAGCGUGGCUCAGGCUACUUGCCGAACGACCAAUCGACACACGCUCGCUCACAUUCUUCAGGGAUGCGAUACACGCACUGGGUGGAUCUUCGGAAACAGACUGGUUGGACGACACAUACGAGCCGGUUCAAGAUCUCUUCAAGCAAGCCGAUGUGCAUGGCUAUUUGACCAACGCUUCUCGCGAGCAGUUCUGCACUCAGUACCAUCAUCACACGGAUGGCGAGCCUUGCUACACAGCCGCAGCAGAGCACUCAACUGAGUACUUUGUCGAACUUCUGUACACCACAACUUCCCGCGACGAGCUCCUCAUGCUCUCUAAACACGCCGCAUCACCGAAUGGCGUGACUAGCAUGACAUACCCAGCAUUGGGCCCAGCUCAAGAUCUAAAGUCUGCCAAUUCUUCGCGAGAGAUGCUGAAAGCUGAGAAGUUAGUGCUUAUGACGGAAAUAGAGCUCGGUUCGGCCAAGGCAGCGUUGCUGAAGGCUCGGAAGGCGGGUCCUAAGCAGAAGGAACGCGCGAUCAAGCUUGCGAAGCGGAUGGCGCAAGGUUUGCGGAAGUAG